GACGAAAUGGCCGUGUCGGAGCUGCCGGAGGCGGGGAUCCCGCUUGAGACGGAGUCCCAGGCGCCGGCGCCUCGCCGCGGCCUGCGGUACAACUCGCCGCUGGUCCAGGUGUCCCUAAUCGGGCUGGUCUGCUUCUGCUGCCCGGGGAUGUUCAACGCGCUCUCCGGCCUGGGCGGCGGCGGCCAGUUCGACCACACCACCGCCGACAACGCCAACACGGCGCUCUACGCCUGCUUCGCCGUCUUCGGCGUCCUCGGCGGCGCCGCCCACAACCUGCUCGGCCCGCGCAUCACGCUCCUCCUCGGCUCCCUCACAUACCCGCUCUACGCCGCCUCCUUCCUCUACUACAACCACCACAAGAACCAGAUUUUCCCCGUCACGGCCGGCGCGCUCCUCGGCGCCGGCGCGGGGCUGCUCUGGGCGGCGCAGGGCGCCAUCAUGACCUCCUACCCGCCGCCCAACCGCCGCGGCACCUACAUCUCCCUCUUCUGGUGCCUCUUCAACCUCGGCGGCGUCCUCGGCGGCCUCCUCCCCUUCUCCUUCAACUACACCCGCACCGACGCCAGCAGCGUCAACGACGCCACCUACAUCGCCUUCAUGGCCUUCAUGCUCGUCGGCGCGGGGCUCACCUUCCUCGUCCUCCCGCCCGCCAAGAUCGUCCGCGACGACGGCACCCGCGCCACCAGGGUCACCUACUCCUCCGUCUCCACCGAGGGCUGGGAGAUCCUCAAGCUCUUCACCAACUGGAAGAUGCUGCUCAUCCUCCCCGCCGCCUGGGCCUCCAACUUCUUCUACACCUACCAGUUCAACAACGUCAACGGCGUCCUCUUCACGCUCAGGACCAAGGGCCUCAACAACGUCUUCUACUGGGGCGCGCAGAUGCUCGGCUCCGCCGGCAUCGGCUACUUCCUCGACUUCGGCUUCUCCAGCCGCAGGAAGAGGGGACUCGCCGGGGUCGCCGCCGUCGCCGUGCUCGGCACCGCCAUCUGGGCUGGCGGACUCGCCAACCAGCUCAGGUAUCUCGACGGCAAGUUUCCCAACCCCAUCGAUUUCAAGGACACCCACCGCUACGCCGGCCCUUUCCUCCUCUACUUCUGCUACGGUUUGCUCGACGCCAUGUUCCAGAGCCUCAUCUACUGGAUCAUCGGUGCGCUCGCCAACGACUCACAGAUCCUCUCCAGAUAUGUUGGUUUCUACAAGGGAGUGCAGAGUGCAGGAGCAGCCGUGGCAUGGCAAGUAGAUACCCACAAGACAUCCCUGCUAUCGCAGCUGAUCGUGAACUGGGGGCUGACCACCAUCAGCUACCCGCUGCUCGCGGUCCUGGUGUUCUUCGCCGUGAAGGACGAGGACUACUCGGUGUCUUCCGUCGAGGAUGGCAAAGAGAAACAGAUGAAGAUGGCCGCUCCGUCAAGUUUGCACUGAGGAGGACAUAUGUGUUUCAGUUACUCAGUGUGUCCGUGCAGGAGUGAGUACUCAUUGUAAUCUCGUGUUUGCACUGAGGAGGACAUAUGUGUUUCAGUUACUCAAUGUGUCCGUGCUGGAGUGAGUACUCAUUGUGUAAUCUCGUGUUGUGUUCAAUUGUUACCAAUGUGUAGCUCAUGGCGAUUGUAGUUUUCAA